AGAAAAUUUGCUGGCUGGGGGCUGCCGCUCCUGGAGCUUGAAUGGAGCAGAGGCUCUCCAUGCCCAUCGCCUCAUACUCCUCACCUCUCGGAAGUAUCUGUAUCUCCCGAUUUCCUCCCCUCUAAGGUGUCUGUGUGACUCUGGAGGCUCUGAAUUGCUGAGUGCUGCCCAUAUUGCUCUGGUUUUUCAGCACAGGAAGAGCCCCGACCUUGACCCCAGCUCAACAGAGUUGGGGCCAACACUGAAUGCACCUCUCAUCCCCUGACCCUGGGGUGGAUGGCUCGGCUGAGGAGGAUCCUGCAGCCUGGACCUGAGACCAGGAUGGACCUGACCCCAGGAUGGAGACCAGCAGCCAACUUGAGGGUUCAGGAAGUGUGUUGGCAAAGAGGGACACAGAGAGCAUGGGGGUCUGGAACUCAGCCACCGACCUCUUCCGAAGUCUUUGGGGAAUGUAUGUGUCGCCAAGAAGCCCUGGAUGGAUGGAUUUUAUCCACCAUUUGGGAAUCUGCUGUUUCGUGGCUUUCAUUUUGGUGGGUCUCCUCUCGGUGGCCUUCUCUGGGCUUCUGUCCUCGCUCGCAGGCCUCAGCACCUCCUGGGCGGUCAUGUGUGUUCUGCUGUGCCUCUCCAGGCACGUGAGGUGUUUCCUUGUCCUCUGCUUCCUCUCCUGUGGCCUGCGUGAAGGCAGGAACGCUUUGAUCGCGGCCGGCACGGGGAACGUCGUCUUUGGGCACGUGGAAAACAUCUUUCACAACUUUAAAGGGCUCCUGGACAGCAUGACUUGCAACCUAAGGGCAAAGAGCUUUUCCAUACAUUUGCCAUUUCUGAAAAAGUAUAUUGAAGCAAUUCAGUGGCUUUAUGGCCAUGCCACUCACCUAAGUCUAUUUGAUGGCCUCGUGUCUUGGAGCCAGACCCUGGCCGUCUCUCUUUUUAGUCCCAGCCAAGCCCUGGAGUCACAGCUAAAUGACACCAAAGGCAAAGUCCUCGGGGUCUUGUACCACAUGGUGACGGCGACGGAGGUGCUGUCCUCCCUCGGACGGCAGCUCCUGGCCUUCGCAGGGCUUUUGCUGGUGCUUCUCAGCACUGGCCUCUUCAUGAAGCGAUUUUUGGACCCCUGUGGUUGGAAGUUUGAAAACAUCUACAUCACCAGACAAUUCGUUCAGUUUGACGAAAGGGAGAGGCAUCAACAGCGACCCUGUGUCUACCCGCUGAACAAGAAGGAAAGCAAGAAGUACGUUGUCAUCCCAUCUUUCCGGCUGACUCCCAAACAGAGGAGAAUCCUGGGGCUGUUUUUCCUCCCCAUUCUUACCCACCUUUACAUCUGGGUGCUGUUUGCUGCCAUCGAUUUCCUGCUGUACCGGCUCAUUUUCUCAGUGAGCAAACAUUUUCAAAGCUUGCCAGCGCUGGAGGUUCACCUGAAACUGCACAGGGAGGAGCAAGGAACUCAGACCAUCAUCCAUGAUUCCCCCUUUAAUAUAUCUCUGUUUGAACACAACUGCAUCCCUCAACCGAAGCUCCUUCUGUCUAAGACCUGGGUUCCUCUCAGUAUUAUUCUUGUGAUACUAGUGGUGCUAGGACUGUUGUCCUCCUUCUUGAUGCAACUGAAAAUCUUGGUGUCAGCAUCCUUCUACCCAAGAGUGCAGACGGAGCGCAUCCAGUACCUGCAUGCGAAGAUACUGAAAAAAAGAUCGAAGCAGCCAGUAGUAGAAGAAAAAAGACAACGGAGUCUGUACUUUACAAAGAUUCAUUUCUGGCUUCCAGUCCUGAAAGUGGUUAGAAAUAAACCGGUGGACACUGCCAGUGAAGACAAUCCCUGAGGCCCUCGGGGUGUGCCCAUAACACUUCCCCAUCUGUUCCCCUUGGGUCCCGUGGUGGCCACUCUUCAUGCCCAGCAUCAGAGAACUGUAUUGACAUGGCCCCUCAGGCGUCUGAGU